UCACCGUUUCUGCGACUAGACAUCAUCAACCGAUUGUCCAUUCCGGCUAACGGCUCUUGCUGCAAAGCACUCAUCUUCUGGUCGUCAAUUCCAUGAUCAGAACAUGGCCGAUAAUGCCUACUCCCAGGUGAUCCUGGGGGACUUCUCCGCCGAUAGUGAACCGUUCUCCAACCGCCACCAGCCCCUUUGCCGUGAUCCUGAAGGAUGGGGCCCGAUCAGUUCUGGUAGAUAUGACUUCACACCGUGCUUUAUGGACACUUGGAUUCUCUUCGUCUCGGUAUGGGGUCUUCUAAUGGGUGCGGGGGCUUUAUGGCUCCUCUUGCGACGGCGCACCGCCCAGCCUGUCCAGAAGAAUUGGCAUUUCUAUGCGAAACUGUCUCUUAUCUGGGUCAUCUUCUUCCUCGUCGCUCUUCAAGCUUCUCUUCAAGUUGAGUCGUUCCCCGGAGUUUGGUUCCAAGAUUUCAGAUUCUGGUCCACGAUCCUCCUGCUCGCUUCUUUGGUGGUGAUAUACAUGGCUCAGUAUUAUGAACACUGGCGAAGUCGACAGCCGAAUGGAGUCGUCCUCUUCUACUGGGUUUUCUACAUCAUUGCUCACGCCGUGAAGCUUCGGUCGCUCAUUUCACGGAAAGCCUACCAAGAUCGCCUGCCUUAUUUUGUUAUUUUUAACGUGAACCUCGGCGUUGCAAUUCUGGAGUUUGUCUUGGAAUAUAUGGUUCCCAAGAAACAAAGCGCUUACGAUGCAUUAGGGGAUGAAGACGAGUGUCCCUAUGAGUAUGCCGACAUUUUCUCGGUACUGACAUUCUCAUGGAUGACUCCCUUGAUGAAAUAUGGCUAUAAAAACUUUCUUACGCAAGAUGACCUGUGGAAUCUGCGUAAAAGAGAUACCACUCGUGUAACCGGCGAUCAGCUUGAAAAGGUUUGGGACGCGGAGUUAAAAAAGAAGGGACCAUCACUCUGGCGUGCUCUAUUCAAGGCGUUCGGCGGACCCUACUUCCGAGGGGCUCUAGUCAAGACUUGGAGCGAUAUCUUUGCAUUUGCCCAGCCCCAAUUGCUUCGCUUUCUGAUAUUAUUCAUAGAUUCAUAUCGUGGUGAAAAUCCUCAGCCUGUUGUAAGGGGUCUCGCCAUUGCCCUUGGCAUGUUCGGCGUAUCAGUGGUCCAGACCAUUUGCCUUCAUCAAUAUUUCCAACGAGCUUUUGAGACUGGAAUGCGAGUGAAAUCCUCUCUAACGGCAAUGAUUUACACCAAAUCUUUGAAGCUGUCAAACGAAGGUCGUGCUUCCAAAUCUACCGGUGAUAUCGUGAAUUAUAUGGCAGUUGAUCAACAGCGCCUUUCUGACUUGGCACAGUUUGGCAUGCAAUUAUGGUCUGCACCAUUCCAGAUUGUGCUUUGCAUGGUGUCUCUUUACCAGCUUGUUGGCCUGAGUAUGCUUGCUGGUAUUGGAGCAAUGAUCUUAAUGAUUCCUCUUAAUGGAUUAAUUGCGAAGGUGAUGAAAAAUCUCCAGAUCAAGCAAAUGAGAAACAAGGAUCGAAGGACGCGAUUGAUGACAGAAAUUUUAAAUAAUAUGAAGAGCAUCAAGCUCUAUGCAUGGAAUGCGGCCUUUAUGAACAUGCUCAAUCACGUUCGCAAUGACCUUGAAUUGAACACCCUGCGGAAAAUCGGGGCAACACAAUCCGUUGCCAACUUUACGUGGUCGUCGACUCCGUUCUUGGUGUCUUGUUCGACUUUCGCCGUUUUCGUUUUGACGAAUGAUAAACCGCUAACAACGGAGAUCGUCUUUCCAGCCCUAACCCUUUUCAACCUCCUAACGUUCCCGUUAUCCAUUCUUCCCAUGGUCAUCACAUCGAUAAUAGAAGCGUCCGUUGCUGUGAAUCGAUUGAAGACAUUUUUUACUGCCGAUGAGCUUCAGACUGACGCUGUGUUGCGCCAAGAUCCCGUUUCACAUGGUGGUGAUGAAUCUGUACGCAUUAGAGAUGCAACCUUUACGUGGGAUAGGCAUGAAGGCCGACGUGUUCUCGAGAACAUCGAUUUCAGCGCUAGAAAAGGGGAGUUAAGCUGCAUUGUCGGCCGCGUUGGUGCAGGAAAAUCGUCAUUACUUCAGGCGUUACUGGGUGACCUCUGGAAAAUUAAUGGCGAAGUCAUUAUGCGGGGGCGUGUUGCCUACGUUGCGCAACAGGCAUGGGUUAUGAAUGCAAGCGUCAGAGAGAACAUUGUUUUCGGUCAUCGUUGGGAUCCUCACUUUUACAACUUGACAGUUGAAGCAUGUGCGCUCUUGGACGAUUUCCAAAUUCUUCCAGAUGGGGACCAAACUGAAGUUGGAGAGCGAGGAAUUUCACUUUCUGGUGGUCAAAAGGCUCGCUUGACUUUAGCUCGUGCGGUGUAUGCUCGUGCUGAUAUCUAUCUACUUGAUGAUGUUCUGUCUGCGGUUGACCAGCAUGUGGGAAGGCAUAUUAUCAACCGAGUCUUAGGCCGAACUGGAAUUCUGUGCGGUAAAACAAGAAUCCUUGCGACAAAUUCAAUCCCGGUUCUCAAAGAAGCUGAUUUUAUCGGACUCCUGAGGAGUGGCACCAUUAUUGAAAAAGGGACCUACGAGCAGCUACUCGCUAUGAAAGGGGAGGUAGCAGGUUUAGUUCGCUCUGCGGUUAGUGAGGAUGGUUCAGCAUCAAGUGAGAGCACUCGAGAAGACGAUAGCCCUCGAACCUCGGAGGCCCUCACCGCUAUCGAGACAAGCGACGACGAAAAUCUGUCUGAAGUUGAAGAAGCUCAGGAACGCUUAGCUCCACUCGCUCCAAUGAGAAGCGGUGGCGGCACUAUCCGACGAGGAAGCAUGGCAACUCUCAGGCGAGCUAGCACAGCAAGUCCCGAGAAUCCUCGGACGAAGUUUAUCGACGAGGAGACUGGCAUCAAAACGAAGCAAACCAAGGAGGUUGCAGAGCAGGGCAAGGUAAAAUGGAGCGUAUAUGGCGAAUACGCCAAAACCAGUAAUCUAUACGCUGUUGCUCUCUACCUUGUCGCCUUGCUCGCAGCCCAUUCAAUGCAAGUCGCCGGUAGCUUUUGGUUGAAGAAAUGGUCUGAAAUCAACGAGAUCGAAGGGCGAAACCCGAGCAUUGGAAAAUAUAUUGGUAUUUACUUUGCAUUUGGUAUUGGUUCUUCGGCUUUAGUUAUUCUGCAGACGUUGAUUCUUUGGAUAUUCUGCUCUAUUGAGGCGUCUCGAAAACUCCAUGAAAGGAUGGCUUUUGCGAUAUUCAGAUCUCCAAUGAGUUUCUUCGAGACGACCCCAGCUGGUCGAAUCCUUAACCGCUUUUCAAGUGAUAUAUAUCGUGUCGACGAGAUUCUCGCUCGCACGUUUAACAUGCUUUUCACGAACAGUGCUCGUGCUAUGUUUACCAUGAUCGUCAUCGCAAUAUCCACACCUCUGUUCCUCGUCCUCAUCGUCCCCCUUGGUUUCGUAUAUUUCAGCUAUCAAAGUUACUAUCUACGGACCUCUCGAGAACUCAAACGCCUCGACAGCAUCACCAAGAGUCCUAUUUUUGCUCAUUUUCAAGAGACCCUCGGUGGCAUUUCAACGAUCCGGGCGUUUAGGCAGCAAAAGCGAUUCGCAUUGGAAAACGAAUGGCGAACGGAUGCAAACCUCCGUGCAUAUUUCCCUUCGAUAAACGCAAACAGGUGGCUGGCAGUUCGUCUAGAGUUCAUUGGUUCUGUGGUCAUCCUUGGGGCCGCGUCGCUGUCCAUUAUCUCUGUGGCAACUGGUAGCAAGCUUACGGCUGGUAUGGUUGGUCUUGCAAUGUCCUACGCACUUAACAUCACGCAAUCAUUGAACUGGAUCGUCCGUCAAACGGUGGAGGUCGAGACAAACAUCGUUUCUGUGGAAAGAGUGCUCGAGUAUGCAAAUUUGCCGAGUGAAGCACCUGACGUGAUCUUCAAACAUCGCCCGGCGCUCAGCUGGCCUUCUCAAGGAGGUGUAACGUUUGACCACUAUAGCACUCGAUACCGAGAGGGCUUGGAUCUCGUCCUCAAGGAUGUUUGCUUGGAAAUUAAGCCUCACGAAAAAAUAGGAGUUGUAGGGCGAACAGGAGCUGGAAAGAGUUCAUUGACGCUCGCACUAUUCCGAAUCAUUGAGGCAGCCGAAGGGCGAAUAUGUAUCGAUGGUCUCAAUAUUAGUUCGAUCGGGUUGUUUGACCUUCGUGGCCGUCUAGCAAUCAUUCCUCAGGACGCGGCUCUGUUUGAAGGCACUGUUCGAGACAACCUUGACCCCCGACACGUUCAUGAUGAUACCGAACUAUGGAGUGUUUUGGAACAUGCACGAUUAAGAGAUCAUGUUGCGGGUAUGCCUGGUCAAUUGGACGCUCAAGUCCACGAAGGAGGGUCAAACCUUAGUCAAGGACAAAGACAACUUGUUUCUCUCGCCAGAGCUCUCCUCACACCAAGCAAUAUCCUUGUUUUGGAUGAAGCUACUGCCGCUGUUGAUGUGGAAACCGAUGCCCUCCUUCAACAAAUGUUACGAAGCAGCAUCUUCCAAAACCGGACAAUAAUCACCAUCGCCCACCGCAUCAAUACUAUCCUCGACAGCGAUCGAAUCGUUGUUCUAGACCGUGGUAGGGUGGUGGAAUUCGAUUCACCAGCGGAGCUUAUCAAACGCGGCGGACAGUUUUACACACUAGUCAAAGAGGCAGGCCUGUUGGACGGUGGCGAAUCUGCCACUCUAUCAUCAACCUCGUAACGGAGGAGGCCGUUCUUUGAAGGGAAAAUCCAUUCUGAAAGGGAUUAACGGAUUAUUUGUGAGAGGUCAGUUGAGUGUAUACGGAAGACGGAUACGGGAGAGUGGUUGGGACCCGCUAUUGGGGAAUCUCGACUAGCGCGGCACCUUGUCGUUUUUCUUUUUUUUUUCUUUUUUAAAAUUGGUGCAUUCGGGGCAUUUGACCUGUACCACAGUGUGGGAUCCGUCCCAAAUGAUGAGGAAUACAACCCGGCCAUGGCGGGAAGUGUCAGCAAGUGGAUGUGAUACAGGAGAUGAUUCACGAUGUCGGGUAGUGAGUGGGGAAGGUCCAUGUAUGCUGUAUAUAUCCAACUUGCAAUCUGAUAAAACAAAAAAAAGUACCAAUCAUAGAG